AUGCGGCGCGUCAAAGUAGAGCCUCGCCCAAACGCCAUACGGCUGGUGCAAAGUCAGGGACUUGUGUACAACGUCUUGAACGACCCCAUCCCCGGAGAGAAGAAGCGCGAGCAUUAUUGGAAUGACGACCGCUAUUAUGCCUUUACUGUCGAAGAGACGGAAUUACUUGACCGGGCCGCCACGGAUGUUUUCAACAUGCUGUGUGAGGCGUCCGAGUAUUUGACGGAAAACCCUGAACAAAUCACCAGCAAACUCGGCAUUCCAUCCUAUUGUGUUAAACAAAUAAUCGAGAGUUGGGACCGCGAACCAGCAUUUGGAAGCGUUUAUUCCCGUUUCGACAUUUGCUUCGGGGGGUUGAACCACCCAGACCCGCGCCUGCGCGUGCCCAAAUUUUACGAAAUAAACGCCGACACGCCAGUUUCGCUGUUGGAAUCCUCGGCGAUUCAGUGGUUCUGGCUCGAGCAGACCGGCCACGGGCCAGAUCAACACAACGCCAUCGACGAGUACCUCAUCCAGGCCUGGAAGAGAAACCUGGUCGAGAUCGAGGCCCGCCUCGGCCACAAGCCCAAAGUCAUCCACUUUGCCAGCUCCUGGGACCCCUGGGGCGAGGACAGGUUCAACGCCUUUGUCCUGGCCGACACGUGCCACGUGGCCGGGUACAAGACGAAGAACAUACUCAUCGAGGACAUCGGGCUGGGGCCCGACGGGCGCUUCUACGACGGCGACGGGCUGCACAUUGACGUGAUUUUCAAAAUGUACCCGUGGGACUACAUGAUGAAGGAGGAGUUUGGCAAGGCCUGCUUCGCCGACAUGGACAAGGCCGACGGCACCAUCUGGUUCGAGGCGCCCUACAAGCUCAUGUGGAGCAGCAAGGCCAUCUUUGCCAUCCUCUGGGACAUGUUCAAGGACGACCCGCGGGGCCAGUGGCUCCUGCCCACGUACCUCGAGUCGGAGAAGCCGGCCUCGCUGACGCGGUACGCCCGCAAGCCCUGCUACUCCUUUGAGGGCCGCGGCGUGACCCUGAUCCAAGACGAGCAGGUGGUCAGCCACGUCGACCCCUUUGACCGCGAGCACGGCGAGGGCUACGUGGUGCAGGAGCUGGCCCUGCUGCCCGAGUUCAAAGACGACCACACCGGCGAGACCUUCCACCCGCUCAUCGGCCUCUGGAUGAUCGACGGAGACCCGGCCGGCUUUGGCAUCCGGGAGGACCUGGGCCUGGUGACGCAGUCCGAUUCCGUCUUUGUCCCGCACGUCGUCGAGGACGCCAAGGAGGUUUCCUACACCAGGAAGCCGGUGCCGACCCUGGAAGAGAUUGAGGCUUCGCUGUCCAUGGAAACGUACAAUAUUGUGUCGUCAUUGAAGAAUGAGAAGAACGAGGAUUUGUUUGCUUAUAUUGACAAUGUGGUAUCAUGUGGCCAAGCUUUGGAAGCAAUCAAACUGGUUUAA